AUGGCAAACACAAAUCUCAGCCAUGUGAAGGAAUUUAUUCUUUUGGGAUUUUCUGAUUUGCCCAAUCUCCAAAGUAUUCUUUUUGGUAUUUUUUUGUGCAUUUACAUAAAUAUCCUCAUUGGAAAUGGCCUCAUUAUUGUAAUUACAAAAUCUAAUGCAACUCUUCAAACCCCCAUGUACUUUUUUCUUAGCAAUUUUGCCUUCUUGGAAAUCUGCUACACAUCAGUCACUCUUCCCAGAAUGCUUUCAGAUCUUUGGACUCAGAACACAAUUAUUUCUUUUCUGGACUGUGCUGUUCAACUUUGCUUCUUUCUUAUUCUAGUAAUCUCUGAAAGUCUUCUCCUAGUUGUGAUGGCAUAUGACCGUUAUGUAGCCAUCUGUAAACCACUAUAUUAUACUAUUAUUAUGAAUCACAAGGUUUGUGUCCAGUUAGUAGUUGCCUCCUGGAUCACUGCGGUGCCUAUCCUGAUUGGUCAGACAUACCAGAUUUUCUCAUUAUCUUUCUGCAAUUCUAAUAUUCUUGAUCACAUUUUCUGUGAUCUGCCACCAUUAAUGAAGUUAGCCUGUGGGGACACAUUUUGGAAUGAAGUGUUAUUCUACACAGUGGUUGUGUUAUUUGCUUUCAUUCCCUUUCUGUUGAUACUUUAUUCCUAUAUAAGAAUUUUCAUUACCAUCCAAAAGCUUCCAUCAGUAAUGGGAAGAUCCAAAGCUUUCUCAACUUGUACAUCCCACCUCAUGGUUGUGGGAUUAUUUUAUGGAUCGGGUAUUAUUGAAUAUUUACAACCAAAGACCAAUUCCAGAACAGGAAUAGAAAAAAUGCUUUCACUUUUCUAUACCAUUAUAACUCCUAUGUUCAAUCCCAUGAUCUACAGCCUUAGGAACAGGGAUGUCAUUGUGGCAAUGAAAAAAUUAUUGUCCAAAUGA